AUGGAUGAGAAGAGUGGAAAGAUGUUAUGUUAUCAAAGUUUGUGCAUUGUGUUCUUGAUGAUUCCAACAAACCCUGCUGGUCUUAUUGAAUAUAGGGCACAUCCAUUCUGGGUCCAAAAAUAUUGCCCUUCUCAUGAACACGAUAACACUCCUAGAUGUUGCAGCUGUGAGCGAAUGGAGCCACGAGAGACUGGAUAUAUCGGUCUUAAUGAUGGCCGGAAGCUUUGCUUAGAGUGCCUCGACUCUGCUAUCAUGGAUACAAAGCUCAAUGCUUAUGAGUACAUAAAUCUUUCAAAGUUAACAAAUCUAGCUCUGCAAGGGAAAAAAUUCUUCAGUGUAUUCUUCUUCUGCCUUUGUGUCUGCUACAUGAUUCUAUUUAUGAAUACAAUUCUUUUUUAUCUUUUCAGAUUGCUUACUGGAUCGAUCCUAGCUCACGAGAUGAUGCAUGCUUGGCUGCGGCUUAAAGGCUACCGAACCCUAAGUCAAAACGUCGAAGAAGGUAUAUAUCAGGUUAUGGCAUACAUGUGGUUGCAUUCUGAGCUCACUUCGGCGUCAGCCUCAUCUUCAUCUUCAACAUCUAGAAAAGGGAAAAGACCCCCUUUUGAGAUGAAGCUCGGCGAGUUCUUCAAGCACCAGAUUGAAUCCGACAUCUCUCCAGUUUACGGAGACGGGUUUAGGGCAGGUCACCAAGCAGUACAGAAGUAUGGUCUUCAGAAGACCCUAAACCAUAUAUGGAUGACUGGUACUUUUCCAUUUUGAAAAGCAUUGAGAAAAAACCCUCCCAUUGGUGGUCGAAUAUCAGGGACGAACUUAGCCAAUUUUUGCAACAUUGAAGAAUAUGUUUUUGGAGGACCAGUAUCAUGGUAAAUUGAGUAUACACAACAUCAAAGUUGGAUUUUCCGGGAGCGGGCAGUUGCGUGCUAUUUUAACAGAUAUAGAAUGCUGGAAUGAUGGGGCUAGUACUGAAUACAUUCAAGACAAACAACUGCUUGAUGUCAAGGUGCUCAGAUCAAUCAUUUACCAGAUUAUUAAUCUUCCUUUUGAAGCCGGUAACGAACCUCACAUUGCUAAAGUGAAAGAAUUGUAUCAUCAACUUGAUUUCCUCGAAAAAAAUAUGAAGCCAGGUAUAAUUUUUUGUCUUUUCUAAUUGUGUGUGUGUGUGUUUUUUUUUUUUUUAAACUUACAUUUUAAUGCAUAUAAAUCCAAAUAUUUACUUUUAAAAAAGAAUAUUUAAAAUGCAAAUUAACCUUGAGCUAUGAAAGCAAGCUAAGGGAGUAUAUUUAAAAUGCAAAUUAACUUUUUUUGACAUCAAAUGAUUUUUUUUUUCUUUAUUAAACUGAACAUAAAAUGCUGGGUUCAUCCCCCACCUUAUUGUUAAGGGGGUAAUUUUCUUAAAUUAAAAUAUGUCAGUUUAACAAAGAAAAAAAUCAUUUGAUGUCAAAAAAAGUUAAUUUGCAUUUUAAAUAUACUCCCUUAGCUUGCUUUCAUAGCCGAAGGUUAAUUUGCAUUUUAAAUAUUCUUUUUUAAAAGUAAAUAUUUGGAUUUAUAUGCAUUAAAAUGUAAGUUUAACAAAAAAACACACACAAUUAGAAAAGACAAAAAAUUAUACCUGGCUUCAUAUUUUUUUUCGAGGAAAUCAAGUUGAUGAUAUAAUUCUUCCACUUCAGCAAUGUGAGGCUCGUUACCGGCUUCAAAAGGAAGAUUAAUAAUCUGGUAAAUGAUUGAUCUGAACACCUUCACAUCAAGCAGUUGUUUGUCUUGAAUGUAUUCAGUACUAGCCCCAUCAUUCCAGCAUUCUAUAUCUGUUAAAAUAGCACGCAACUGCCCGCUCCCGGAAAAUCCAACUUUGAUGUUGUGUAUACUCAAUUUACCAUGAUACUGGUCCUCCAAAAACAUAUUCUUCAAUGUUGCAAAAAUUGGCUGGAAUAUUUGUAUAAAUUCGUCCCUGAUAUUCGACCACCAAGUGCUUAAGCUGCCUUUAUAACCGUCCGUUAUUGCCCUUCUUUCCGAGACAUCGAGAUGGUGCAUUUGUAGACAAUUGCCAUGGUCUGAAUGACAGAUAACCUGUGUUUGGUACCAUCAUUUUAUAAAAGCAAUGUCGGCAGAUUCUUCAAACUCAUGAAUCACUGCCUUAUAUUCCUGACCACCAAAUCCAAUGUCUAAUAGUUGACCUC